GGAAGCACGCGUGUUCAUAAUCCGGCGAUUUGCUGCAUCAAAAUGAUGCAAGCUGUAGCAAAAUCACCAGUGAGGGCUCUGACUUCACUGACAAGUGUUCCGCGUCAGUUAACAUGUCAGUGUGGCCGCCUUUUAAGGGCAGACACCAAAAGUCGAUUACAUCAUUCUUGUGGUGUCAAACGAUUCAUCACCUCGGUCCCGGAAAAUGUGACAUUUUCAUCAAAACAGUACCAUCAUAGAUUUUUAUUUUCAUAUGCAGACUCUAUAUUAUCGGGAGUGACGAAUAAACAUAGAGCACUAGGCAUUCAUUAUUCAAAGCAGAGAAGCGUGUUUGGGUUAAGUCGCUGGUUCUCCAGUAAUGGUAAUGAGGGAGAAGGGGGUGAGGAAAGUCCUCCCCCUGAGAGUGGCGACCUUCCCCCUUCACCACCACCGGAGAUGGUCUUCCCAGGUGUAGCCCUUACAGCAUUACAGAUUCCAGAAGUCUUUCCUAAAGUGCCUGUCAUUGCAAUCAACCGAAACCCAGUCUUUCCCAGAUUUGUAAAAAUGAUUGAAGUAACCAAUCAACCAUUGAUGGAUUUAUUACGUCGGAAAGUUCGUCUUAACCAACCCUAUGCUGGUAUUUUUCUCAAGAGAGAUGAAAACAAUGAGAACGAGGUUGUGACUAAUAUGAGCGACAUCUAUGAGGUGGGAACGUUUGUUCAAAUCUCCGAGAUGCAGGACCUUGGAGACAAACUGAGAAUGAUUGUACAGGGUCAUCGGAGAAUUAAGAUAAGCCACCAGCUGUUUGAAGACGUGGAUGAGGUGAUUCCAGAGCCAGAAAUUACCAAAAAGAAACGACCUCGUCGACGCAGAAACCACCGGCCAAAUGCAGAGACCGGGGAAUCCGAUGUGUCAGACACAAGCGAGAUGCAGCAGGAAGUGCCAAAUACUGGGGCAGCUCUGCGUGAUGAGAUACUGCGUCCUCCCACCCCGAUACCGACUGACCAAUCGGUGCUGAUGGUGGAGGUGAACAAUCUGACUCACGAACCAUUCACAAACAGUGAUGAGAUUAAGGCAUUGACAUCAGAGGUUGUGAAAACAAUAAGAGAUAUUAUUUCAAUGAACCCACUUUACAGGGAGAAUUUAGCACAGAUCAUCCAGGCUGGACAGAGAGUGAUAGACAAUCCUGUUUAUAUCAGUGAUUUGGGUGCAGCGCUGACAGCAGGAGAAGCUGAGGAGUUGCAGAAAGUCUUGGAAGAAACCAGUGUGGCGAAGAGGCUUAUGUUGACUCUGUCCCUACUGAAGAAGGAAUAUGAGUUGAGCAAGCUUCAACAGAGAAUCGGCAAAGAGGUGGAGGAGAAGGUGAAGAAGCAGCACCGUGAAUACAUCCUGCGGGAACAGCUGAAGAUCAUCAAGAAGGAACUCGGCCUCGAGAAGGACGACAAGGACGCCAUCGAGGACAAGUUCAAACAGAGGCUCAAGGAUCUUGUAAUUCCAGCACAUGUGCAGGAGGUGAUCGAUGAAGAACUGAAUAAGCUCGGUCUCCUUGACAACCACUCAUCAGAGUUCAAUGUGACAAGGAACUACCUUGACUGGUUGACGAAUUUGCCGUGGGGAAAGUUCAGCAAGGAGAACAUGGACCUGGAUGAAGCGAACCGAGUUCUCGAAGAAGAUCAUUAUGGAAUGGAGGACGUCAAGAAACGAAUACUGGAGUUUAUAGCUGUGAGCAUACUAAAGCAGUCAGUGCAAGGAAAGAUUCUCUGUUUUUACGGACCUCCUGGAGUUGGUAAAACCAGCAUUGCCAAAUCCAUAGCAAGAGCUCUUGGAAGGGAGUAUUUCCGAUUCAGUGUGGGUGGAAUGACAGACGUGGCAGAGAUCAAGGGUCACAGGAGGACGUAUGUUGGUGCAAUGCCAGGAAAGGUUAUCCAGUGCCUUAAGAAAACAAAGACAGAAAACCCACUUGUUCUGAUUGAUGAGGUGGACAAGAUUGGGAAGGGUUACCAAGGAGAUCCUGCCUCGGCCCUCCUGGAAAUGUUGGACCCAGAACAAAACGCCAACUUUCUUGACCACUACCUAGACGUCACCGUCGAUCUGUCCAAGGUGUUGUUUAUUUGUACGGCCAAUAUCACAGACACGAUUCCCGAACCUCUACGUGAUCGGAUGGAGAUGAUCGACGUCUCGGGGUAUGUUCCCGAAGAGAAGAUGGCCAUCGCUAACCAAUACCUCGUUCCCCAAGCCAUCACCCAUUCUGGUGUUAACAAGGAUAAGGUGUCUAUAUCGGAUGAUGCAAUGAAGAUAUUAAUCAAAAGCUACUGUCGAGAGAGUGGCGUCAGAAACCUACAGAAACACAUAGAGAAGAUUUAUCGGAAAGUUGCCAUGAAGGUUGUGAAGGAUAACGUGGACACAAUUGUAGUUGAACUUGACAAUUUACAAGACUUUGUUGGCAAGCCCAUCUUCACCAGUGACCGCAUGUAUGAGGCUGUGCCACCUGGGGUUGUCAUGGGUUUGGCGUGGACCUCCAUGGGUGGAGCAACACUGUACAUUGAGACGGUCCUCAAGAAACCGGUAUCUUCUGAGGCUGCGGAGAACGGCUCAUUGGAGAUCACAGGUAACCUGGGCCAGGUGAUGAAGGAAAGCGUGAACCUCGCAUACACAUAUGCCAAGUUCUUCAUGCUGGAGAAAUACCCAGACAGCAACUUCAUGCAGAAAGCCCACAUUCAUCUACAUGUCCCAGAGGGUGCCACUCCGAAGGACGGACCCAGUGCUGGAUGCACGAUCAUCACCGCCAUGUUAUCUCUCGCCUUGCAGCGUCCCACCCGACAAAACCUCGCCAUGACCGGGGAGGUGUCACUCACAGGCAAGAUCCUCCCAGUGGGUGGCAUCAAGGAGAAAGUCAUUGCUGCUAAGCGUAGCGGUGUCGACUGUGUCAUUCUUCCAGCAGAGAACAAGAAGGACUUUUCUGAUUUACCGUCAUUCAUCACAGAGGGACUUGAGGCUCAUUUUGUCAGCCAUUUCCAGGAAGUGUUCUACCUGGCAUUCCCUGGCUUGUGAAGGGCUCUUUAAACAGAAGACAAUAUUUAACCUGCACCUAGCCUAACAUAGCUAUUGGCCGUUUGACAAUUAUGUAACAUAAAAUGUGGCUUUUUUAAUACUCCCCCAUAUAAUGAUUUGUAUUGCUAAGAACACUUCUGUCCUCUGAAAGUAUGUGAUGCUUGCCCACGCACAAGCUGGUGCUUUUCUUAUUAAAUUGAAAUAAGCUGACCAAUAAUUCUAUAUUAUUUUGUUUGUAUUUUUGUUUUGUUUGGUAAUAAAUACUAAAUAACACAAUCUGUUAAAGAACGAAAUAUCAAUAAAUGGUUUCAUUUUACUUUAUACAUAGACAAGAGACAUUGUUUUGAAAGCAUUCUGUAACUCCUAACAAACACUCCCACCCCUGUUCCCUCCCCCAAAACAUUUCAUAAUGCAUCCCAUUAUUCACCCGCUCCUGCUAGAGCAUCACAUAAUUGUUGAACAGCCCCCUAGGGAAUGGCCGUAUAAAAGAUCAUUACAGUGCAGUAAUUUUCAGUGUUCUUUCAGCUAGACAAAUGGACACUUUUUAACCAAAAGAGGCACUUUUUAUAGUUUUGGGGAAGGAGGGCACCUUUCCUCUCUCUUUCCUCAACCUGUUGUGUACAUCCAUAAAUAUCUAUGUUAUAUGCAUUUGGUGCAGGUAUCUUGCACUUGGUUGCAUGGUUAGAAGAAACUUUAGUUUGUAGUCUGUGUAUGAACAAAAGAGUUGACAGAAGUUGUUGCCGUACUGGCUAAGAGAAUAUUCCACCAGAUCAUUAAUCUCAUUGUGUAUACGGUUUAUGUACAGACCAACAGGAGUUCUGUCAUAGAAGAUAGCAAAUAUUUUACCAUGGUAUGCCUUUGAGUGAAUGUGCAAACUGUUCAUUUCCGAAUGUGAAAUGUAAUUUUUUUUGGAAAUAUUCAUGUCUUUAAUAUUAAACGUUUUUUUUUUUUUUUUAAAGAUACCAAAUGAUUGUACAAUGUACAAUAUCCUAAGAGUAUGAAAGAGUAUUAGGACUAAUACAUGCUAAAAAAAGUAGUUUUAUAACUCGAAAUACUGAGUUGUGAACUAAAAAUAAGUUGAUAUCUCAAGUUUCUAAGUCGAGAUUUUAAAGUAAGUUCAGAUCUCGAGAUACUAAGUCGAGAUUUCAAAGUAAGUUGAGAUCUCGAGAUACUAAGUCAAGAUUUUAAGGUAAGUUCAGAUCUCAAGAUACUAAGUUAAGAUUUCAAAGUAAGUUCAGAUCUCGAGUUACUAAGUCAAGAUUUCAAAAUAAGUUGAGAUCUCGAGAUACUAAGUUGAGAUCUUAUUAUCUCAAGAUUUUGUCUUAUUAUUUCGAGAUCUUGACUGGUUAUCUUGAGACCUUGACUUAGUGUGUCGAGAUAAUGAGUUAAGAUCUCAAGACACCAAUUCAAAGUCUCAAGUUAACAAUUAGAUAUAAAACUACUUUUUCUUAGUAUGGAUUAGCUGUAAUACUUUUUCAUAAUAAGAGUCAUGUAUGCCGACUAUAAUUUUAGUUCAUUGUAAAUGUGAGGCAGGCAGUUACAAUGAAAUCAUCAGGAGUAGUUUGGCAGGUAUUUUCUUUCUUCACUUUGGGGAAAAGCACCUGAAGUAUUAGUCAUAAAAUAUACCCAUUCAUUAUUAAACUGAACCCAUUUAAAACAAUGCCUUGUGAUGCUCCUGUUACAUAUGAAGAGUUAAGUAAUUGUUAAAUAUUUCUAGAUCUCACUUUAUAACAAGUUUACGAGUGGAGUUUCCAGAUAUAUAACUGAAAAUUAUCAUGCUCAUGUUCAUAUCUUCAUCAUAGAUAUGAAAUGGUCAAACAGUUUUCUAUGUUGUUUAUUGUUAGUGAUAAUGAAAAUGGAAUCAUGUAAAAAAAAAAUAUCCUAACUUUUAACUUUGUGAUAGAACAUAUCUUGUAUUACUGGUAGUAUUUGUUCAGUUUUAUUAUUUCACUUUUUUUUUUUUUUUUUAAUCAAGUGGAGACUGCAGAGAGGAAAAGGAAUCUUAGAAUUUUAGAUUGUAUCGCAAAUUGACUUGGGUAACAUUCUGGCUAGGUACGUAGGAAUUCUUUAGACAUUUUUCAUCUGUCCCAAGUUCUUUCAUGAUAAAAGUAUGCUGAUGUUUGUAUAUGAUGAUUAUAUUGAUGUUUAUGUAUGUUAUGUUGAUGUUUAUGUAUGUUAUGUUGAUGUUUAUGUAUGUUAUGUUGAUGUUUAUGUAUGAUUAUAUUCCUUAAAGAGACAUUCCUGAGUUUGCUGCAUUGUAAGAUGUUUCAGACUAAUAAAAUAUUUCUAAGAUUAAACUUACAUAUUAAAUAUAUUUUCUUGUUUAGAAUAUCAGUGUC